UACUGAUUAGAGUGUGUCAUUGGCUGCAGAUAAGGGCUUCUUUACAGUGAGCAAAGUCUAAUUGGAAAAAAGCUGUGCAGUGAAGAAGAGAGACCCCCAGAAUCUUACAGACUAAAACUCAUUCUGAUUGGAGGUGCGUUGUGCAAGACCAAGCCAAAUCUACUGUAUGAUGGAGCCAGCCAGUGGAGCCCCAUCAUCGCCGACAGGGGCACGCAAGAGGCGACAGCGCUGUUGCUCCAAACUCAAGUUGUUCCUGAUGGCAUUGUCUUUUGCCUACUUUGCGAAAGCAUUUCAAGGGAGUUAUAUGAAGAGCUCAAUCACACAAAUAGAAAGACGCUUCAAUAUCCCCAGCUCCUUAAUUGGGGUCAUUGAUGGAAGCUUUGAAAUGGGUAAUUUGCUAGUUAUAGCUGUUGUUAGUUACUUUGGAGCCAAAAUGCACAGGCCAAAACUAAUUGGGACAGGCUGUUUGCUGAUGGCCCUUGGGUCCUUCGUGACUGUAAUACCUCACUUCAUGAUGGGAAAAUACGAGCAUGAAACAUCAAUUGCACAUUCAGUGAAUUUAACUACAGACAUCUUACCCUGCCAGUCGAACCAAGCCAUUACCUCAGAUGAAACUGCUAACUCAGAGGAGAUCUCAGUGGCAGAAUGUCAAAAGGAAGCUAGUUCACCAAUGUGGAUAUAUGUGUUUCUUGGAAAUAUGUUACGUGGAAUUGGUGAAACACCGGUCAUGCCCUUAGGGGUUUCCUACGUGGAUGAUUUUGCAAGAGAAGAAAACACAGCUUUUUACCUUGCCUGCAUACAGACGGUUGGGAUUCUUGGACCUGUGUUUGGAUAUAUGAUGGGGUCACUGUGUGCUAAACUGUAUGUGGAUAUCGGAUUUGUAAAUCUAAGCACUGUGACGAUCAAUCUAAAGGAUUCACGCUGGGUUGGUGCUUGGUGGCUGGGGUUCCUGGUGGCUGGAAUAGUUAUGCUUCUUGCUAGCAUUCCAUUCUGGUUCUUGCCGAGGUCCCUUCCAAAGCAAGGUGAAGGCAAGAAGCACGACUCAACGCAGGAGGAGGAACGUGGAUCCAAAACCAAAAAGCAAGAACAUGCUGUUGAUUUUUCACAGAUGACUAAAGAUUUCCUACCUUCACUGAAAAGCCUGUUUUGCAACCCAAUAUUUUUCUGCAUUUUGUGUGUGUCUGUUAUACAAGUCAAUGCUUUUAUAGGAAUCAUCACCUUCAAACCAAAGUUUAUUGAGCAAACGUAUGGCCAGUCUCCCUCCAAAGCCAUAUUUUUAAUAGGAACCUUGCACUUGCCUGCUGUGGCGCUCGGGAUCUUCACUGGUGGGUUUGUCCUGAAGAAACUCAAGUUAACUGUGAUUGGAGCUGCAAGAGUGACGAUUGGAGCCUCUUUUACCUCCUUCCUUCUCAGUGUGUCGUAUUAUGGGUUAAGCUGUGAGAAUGCUAAGGUAGCAGGACUCACGGUCUCCUACGAAGGGUUGAACAAUGUUUCAUACCAGGAAAACACUUUGCUGUCCCAAUGCAAUUCUGAAUGUGCCUGCUCUCUGAAAUACUGGGAUCCUGUCUGCGCUGACAAUGGAAUGACAUUCGUGUCCCCUUGUCUCGCUGGUUGCAAAACUUCUACUGGAACUGGGAAACAAAUGGUCUUUCAUAACUGCAGCUGUGUUGCGACGGGAACUGAAUCUAAAAACACCUCAGUGGUUCUGGGUCAGUGCGCCAGAGGAGAUGACUGUGGAACCAUGUUUACCUACUAUUUGGUUGUUUCUGUAAUCGGUGCUUACAUUUCUGCUUGUGGUGCCACCCCAGGGACCAUCAUACUCCUUAGGUCUAUUAAUCCAGAGCUGAAAUCCUUAGCCCUCGGAAUCCUAACCUUGGUUAUAAGAACUCUUGGUGGAAUCCCUUCUCCAAUUUAUUUUGGUGCUCUCAUAGACAUGACGUGCUUAAAGUGGGGGUCCAACAAGUGUGGAGGCAGAGGGGCUUGCAGGAUGUACGAUUCGAACGCAUUCAAGGCCAUCUUCCUUGGAUUAGUUUAUGGACUGUACAGCCUGUCAUACUUGCUGUGGUUUGUCUUGUACACGCUGCUGAAGAGGCGCUUUCAAGAGAACCAAGCAGACCAUGUGUCUGAAGAUGAAGGCAAGGCAAACUUAAAGGAAAAGGAGGACACUGGCAGUCACAAGGACCGUCAUCAGCAGGAGGAAGAUCUGCUGGAAAGGGAGAGCGGUAUUUAGCAGGAAACUUCAUUGGUGCGACUCAUUUCUACACCUAUCUUUUCUGCACAAACGAUAUUAGCCAAUGCAAGCGAUUGGUGGGAUCCUAUUGAACCUGGGACUUUUUAUUUUGUUUUAUUUUUUGUACUAUUAAUUUGAGAGUAUUGAGACAGGAGUUGGAGGUUGCAAUAUGAAUACACGCAGAAUGUAUCAGAAGCUGAUGUCCAGUUUAUAUUAAUGCAAUAUGACUUCAAUGGUAAAUUAUGCCACUAUUAGUCAUUUGUGAUAUGAAUUUGAAUUAACAAACUUACUUAUAAUAAUAAUAAAGUAGUAUCCUUUGUUUUAGAACUGUGGCAGACAAUGGAGUUUCUGCCUGCUAGAACCAGAAGAUGAUAUCAAAUGAGUACAAUAUUUAAUGAGCUGGAUUCAAGCGCUCUUUCUGUCCAUUUAGGGAUGGCGUGGUUCACAGCUGAUCAAAGCUAUGCAGUGUGUUUAAGGGUUAGUACAGUCGUGUCACACAGGCUAUGUUUAAAAAACAA